GCGCACUCUCUGCGCAGCUUUCACAGCUGACGGGACGCGUUUUUGUCGCCCUCUCUGUAAGCCGGUUUCUGCGCGUGUUUCUUAGUGCAAUAUUACACAUAAAUCACCAAUAAACGACUACCGCAAGUGGCCCUAAUUAUCAAUAAUUGUAGCACAAACUACAAGUGAUUUACAACAGUUCUAAAUCAUCAAAAAUAUUCGUAUUACCACGGCGAUAAGAGGCCGAAAUUUCGCGUGUGCCUGUGCGUUUUGUGGAGAAAGCUUUCCUGUAUUUUGUUUAUACGAAGCUUUCGUUUGGCAAAGAAAAAGCGUGCAGCAGCAGAAGCCCCUCAUUAGUGAGCAGAUACAGCACACUCUCACCGCGUGAGGCAAGUGGCAAGAGAGAUAGAGAGAGAGAGGCACAUCACAUCGUUAUGGACUCACCUACACCGCCAAUUGUCAUCGAGGAUUCAAACGGUUCAGCAAUGGAUGCCUGUUUCACGGCAUUCGACAAGGACGGAGAUGACCGCCUGAAUCUCGCUGAAUUUUCGGUAAUCUGCCGCGCGCUGUUCCGCAACGACAAGGGACACAUCUACGAUGUGCCGCCGGAGCGCCUCGAGCAGAUAUUCGCCGUAUUUGAUACGAAUGCGGACGGGCAUAUCGAUAGGGAGGAGUUUAAAUUCUGUUGGAAUCAAUGGAUAAAGACGAUUGUGCGACCGGUGAACGCGUUCCUCAUUGUUGAUGUACAAAAUGAUUUUAUAAGUGGUUCCUUGGAUAUAAGUAAUUGCAGCGCACAGCAGCAAGGACAUGAGAUACUGGAGCCCAUUAACAAACUCUUGGAUACGGUGGACUUUGAUGCCGUUUUCUAUUCAUUGGACUGGCAUCCCAGCGAUCAUGUUUCAUUUAUUGAUAAUGUCAAAAUGCGGGCCAUGGACGAGUCCUCGGCGCUCGAUGCCGAUUCCGCCCAGGUUUUCGAUACGGUCAUCUUUGCCGGUCCGCCGCCCAUGAAGCAACGCCUCUGGCCACGCCACUGCGUCCAGGACUCGUGGGGCGCCGAGCUGCACAAGGACCUCAAGGUGGUCGAUCACGGCAUCAAGGUGUACAAGGGCACCAACCCGGAGGUGGACUCGUACUCUGUUUUCUGGGACAACAAGAAGCUGUCGGACACCACGCUGAAUGCCCAGCUAAAGAUGAAGGGCGCCACCGACAUCUAUGUGUGCGGCCUCGCCUACGACGUGUGCGUGGGCGCCACCGCUGUGGACGCUCUCUCGGCGGGCUAUCGCACCAUAUUGAUAGACGAUUGCUGUCGGGGCACCGAUUUCCAUGACAUCGAGCACACCAAGGAGAAGGUCGUCACCAGCGAUGGGGUCAUUGUGCACACAGCUGAUGUCAAGGCCAUGGCUGAGGGUCGUGAUCGUCGUCCCGAAUUGGGCUACAAGCUGGCCAUGGAGCUGAAAAGUCCCGAUUCGGUGCUGUCGCAACGCAAUGGCUUCAGACCCACUUACUAAACCCUUGGUUGGAGGUUAAGGAAUUGAGCAACACGCUUAUGGCUUAUGGCUUAAAAGACAACAAAAGUUUAAAUGGCUUUCAAUGUAGUUUAAAGUUUAGAGCGUUUCCGUAUAGAAUCUAGAAUGUAGAAGAAAAAACAAAAGAAAA